CAUAGGAAGCAGAUGGAACAUUGGAUUGCAUUAGCAUGGCCCUCACCUGCACCUUCAAUAGGUGGGGCACUCUUCUUGCCGUGGGUUGUAAUGAUGGCCGUAUUGUUAUAUGGGACUUCCUAACACGGGGCAUUGCCAAGAUCUUAAGUGCUCACAUACAUCCUGUGUGCUCUCUAUGCUGGAGCAGGGAUGGUCAUAAGCUUGUGAGUGCCUCUACCGAUAACAUAGUAUCUUUGUGGGAUGUCUUGUCUGGAGAUUGUGACCAGCGGUUUAGAUUUCCUUCCCCCAUACUUAAAGUUCAGUUUCAUCCCCGUGAUCAGGAUAAAGUUCUAGUGUGUCCCAUGAAAUCUGCCCCUGUUAUGCUAACACUCUCAGACUCCAGCCAUGUUGUCCUACCUGUGGAUGAUGAUUCUGAUCUUAAUGUAGUAGCAUCUUUUGAUCGUAGAGGAGAGUAUAUCUAUACUGGAAAUGCCAAAGGGAAGAUUUUAGUAUUAAAAACAAACACCCAGGAUCUGGUGGCAUCUUUCCGUGUUACAACUGGAACCAGCAACACAACUGCUAUUAAAUCCAUAGAGUUUGCGCGAAAGGGCAGCUGUUUUUUGAUAAAUACAGCAGACAGAAUAAUUCGAGUGUAUGACGGAAGGGAAAUACUUACCUGUGGAAGAGAUGGGGAGCCAGAGCCUAUGCAAAAACUUCAAGAUUUAGUGAACAGGUACAGAUUUUCAAAAAAGUUCCAAUUGCCAUCAGGAGAGUAUAUCGUAGCAGGCUCUGCUCGGCAGCAUGCUCUCUACAUUUGGGAAAAGAGCAUUGGAAAUCUGGUGAAAAUCCUGCAUGGAACUCGUGGUGAACUACUUCUAGAUGUUGCUUGGCAUCCUGUUCGACCAAUAAUUGCAUCCAUCUCCAGUGGAGUGGUUUCUAUAUGGGCUCAAAAUCAAGUAGAAAACUGGAGUGCAUUUGCUCCUGACUUCAAAGAGCUAGAUGAGAAUGUGGAGUAUGAGGAACGUGAAUCAGAGUUUGAUAUAGAAGAUGAAGAUAAGAGUGAACCUGAGCAAACAGGAGGAGAUGCUGCUGAGGAUGAGGAGGUAGAUGUGACCAGCGUUGACCGAAUUGCUGCUUUUUGCAGCAGGUAUGUCAUUGGUAAUAUUCCACACAUUCUUUUAUCUAUUGCAAAGCAAAUACCUUUCUACAGUAACUUGAUUUAA